UUUGCGCGAGUGACUCGGCCGACCCCUCCGGCGGCUGCCUCCACCCAAGUGGGUGGGGACCCGCCCAGCCCGGGCGGCCGCGGCGGCUCCCUCUCCCCUCCCUGACCCUCCCACCCCGGGUCCCAGCCUCUACUUACCCCGCCAGCCCCGGGAGGCUCGCAGAGCGAGUGGCGCCGGCGUCAUGUGACUGCCCAGAGUUGGUGCCAGGAGCCAGAGGGGAGCCAGGAGCGGAGCCGCGCGGAGCCGGGGCCGAGCCGGAGCGCAACGCGAGCGCCAGCCGAGCCGAGCCGAACCGCGCCGCGCCGCACGCGCGCCCGUCCCGGUCCCUGUCCCCUGCGGCCGCAGCCGCCAGCGCCGCUCGGACUGGACCGCUGACAUUACAGCACUCGCGGGGCUCCAGGCAGCGGGAUCUGGGCCUUUAUUUCCCACCGUCAGCGUUCAGCACCGCGCCUCGCAAAGCCAAAUACCAGAACACCCUAGAAGGUUUAACUAAAAGAAUGCUAAUGUUUGACCCAGUCCCUGUCAAGCAAGAGGCCAUGGACCCUGUCUCGGUGUAGAAAGAGCCAUCUACCUUGGUUGCCCAGAGGGACAAGACAGGAUGUCUGUCAUUUCCAGGUGUGUUGAUGAGCACACCAGGCCUUCCUGUGCACACAGCCCCACCCCAGUCCUACCCAUCUAAUUACAUGGAGUCAAUGAAGCCCAACAAGUAUGGGGUCAUUUACUCCACACCGUUACCUGAUAAGUUCUUUCAGACCCCGGAGGGCCUGUCCCACGGAAUACAGAUGGAGCCAGUGGACCUCACGGUGAACAAGCGGGGUUCGCCGCCCUCGGCUGGGAAUUCUCCUUCGUCGCUCAAGUUCCCGUCCUCACACAGGAGAGCGUCGCCGGGGCUGAGCAUGCCUUCGUCUAGCCCACCGAUUAAGAAGUACUCGCCCCCUUCCCCGGGCGUGCAGCCCUUCAGCGUGCCGCUGUCCAUGCCACCAGUGAUGGCGGCGGCCCUCUCUCGGCACGGAAUCCGGAGCCCGGGCAUUCUGCCGGUCAUCCAGCCGGUCGUGGUGCAGCCCGUCCCCUUCAUGUACACCAGCCACCUCCAGCAGCCGCUCAUGGUCUCCUUGUCGGAAGAGAUGGAAAACUCGAACAGUAGCAUGCAAGUACCUGUAAUUGAAUCAUAUGAGAAGCCCAUAUUACAGAAAAAAAUUAAAAUUGAACCUGGGAUUGAACCACAGAGAACAGAUUAUUAUCCCGAAGAAAUGUCACCACCCCCUUUAAUGAACUCGGUGUCCCCCCCUCAAGCAUUGUUGCAAGAGAAUCACCCUUCAGUCAUAGUGCAGCCUGGGAAGAGACCUUUACCUGUGGAAUCUCCAGAUACCCAAAGGAAGCGGAGGAUACACAGAUGCGAUUAUGACGGAUGCAACAAAGUGUACACUAAAAGCUCCCACUUGAAAGCACACAGACGAACACAUACAGGAGAAAAACCCUACAAAUGUACAUGGGAAGGAUGCACAUGGAAGUUUGCUCGGUCUGAUGAACUAACAAGACAUUUCCGCAAACAUACUGGAAUCAAACCUUUCCAGUGUCCAGACUGUGACCGCAGCUUCUCCCGUUCCGACCACCUUGCCCUCCAUAGGAAACGCCACAUGUUAGUCUGAAAGCCUCCGUCUCCGCCUCAUUGUGACUCUCCACUCUCCUGGCUCUCUCUCUGUCCUCCCUCCCAUUAUCUAACUCAUUUUUUACAUGUACAUUUUAAUUUUGAUUCAGCUGGCCUGAAUCUCUGAAUUUAUAUCAUUCAAAACUUCCAUAUGGUCAGUAGUCUAUACUCUCUAAUCCUCCCUCUCCUUACCACGGGUCAGACCUAAAGAAUGUGAACACUUUUUUUUUUUUUUCCGGGGAUGCUAAGCAAACCCUUCUUACAGAAACGUUUAAUGUAAUGAGAAUAAGGGAACAUGUAAACUAACAUAACCAAUUGUCGGUUUCUCCAUGUAUUCCUCAAAGAAUGUCAAAGUAAAUGUAUUAGAAAUACAGUA